CGAGCAUCCCUAGCCGGCAGUUUCAUCGCUCAUCUUCACAGCUUCUCACUCAUUAUUGCAACAGCUAUCAAACAAAACUUCAGUCAUUCACAAAAGAAUACACCAACAUUUAGCUACUUAUAAACCAAGCAACACUUGUAUGUUGCAAUUUCUAGAAAUAUCCGUGAAGGGCUCGGAGAUUAACGUUUCAGUUAAACGACUGCAGCAUGGAGACGCAGAUACAUGUGCCCGUCGGGUCGCCGGUUAUCAGAAAAAUUCCCAUUUUCGUGGACGAACACAACGUAACGGAGGGGGCGAUGAAGCUCAUUAAAGAGCUGAGACCGGCGUGGGACACCAGCCAUGUCAAGACCAAGCUCUUCACUGAUGGAACCACCAACAAGCUGGUGGGCUGCUACGUGGAGGACAGUCCAGAAGACGUAGUGCUGGUCCGAGUAUACGGAAACAAGACGGAGCUGAUUGUGGACAGAGACAAUGAGCUCAAAAGCUUUCAGGUGCUACAUGCAAAUGGUUGUGCUCCCCGCCUCUACUGCACCUUUCAGAACGGCAUCUGCUAUGAGUUCAUGCAGGGGGAUGCUCUUGGGACGCAGGAUGUCAGGGAUCCUUCCCUGCUCAGACUGAUAGCCAGGGAGAUGGCUCGGAUCCAUGCCAUCCAUGCACACAAUGGCUGCAUCCCCAAACCUAACCUCUGGAUCAAGAUGCGAAAAUACUUCUCCCUUGUGGCCACGGAGUUCACCGAGCAAGCCUCCAACAUCAGGAUCCAGCAGGAGGUUCCCAGCAAGGCAGUGCUGGAGCAGGAGAUGGUGUGGAUGAAGGAUCAUCUCUCCACACUGGGCUCCCCUGUGGUGCUCUGCCACAAUGACCUGCUCUGCAAGAACAUCAUCCACAACAGCAAAGAGGGCCACGUUCGGUUCAUAGACUACGAAUACUCCAGCUACAACUACCAGGCCUUCGACAUCGGCAACCACUUCAACGAAUUUGCAGGUAUGACUGAGCUGGACUAUGGGCUGUACCCCAGUCGGGAGAUGCAGAUGGAGUGGCUCAAAGUGUACCUGCAGGCAUACAAAUUCUUCACCAAGAAAACGGAGGAGGUCAGCCCACGAGAGCUGGAGACACUCUAUGUACAGGUCAACAAGUUUGCUCUGGCUUCUCACUUCUUUUGGGGCUUCUGGGCACUCAUCCAGGCCAAAUACUCCUCUAUUGAUUUUGACUUCCUCGGGUACGCUGUGCUUCGUUUCAACCAGUACUUCAAGACCAAACCUGCAGUGAUGGCCCUGCAGAUCCCAGAAUGAGAGGAGACAGAGGAGGACGGGAUGAGGCGAGAAGACAGGCGGGUGGAUGUAACAGGUUUUAUGCUGGGACUUCCUAUAGGGUGGGAACUCUUCUCUGUGAGCCAGCUACUGAUGGGCCACUCCUUGGUCUGCCUGGCAUCCUCUUCUGCAACAAGUGCAGUUACUCUUUUAUUCCUUCAAACUUAGCUCCACAUCUGUCGCAUCUCUAGCUCAAUAAUUAUAAAACUUCCAUGAGUUCUAUGUGCGUGUAUGUGAGCGUAUGCUCGUGUGUAUGUUCUAAAUUUAUCUCGAUAAACCUGACGUCUUGCUUUCCCUCUGCAGCUGAACCGGUUCGUAACGAGCACAGCAGUCUGAGUUUGGUUAGAGUUCGCUGUCUUAAAACCUGCUUUACUGUCUGUCACACUGGCGCCAAAAUGUUCCGUAACGCUGGUAAUGAAGGUCAAAAGAGGGAUAAGACCGUUAAGGAGGUUUUUCGAUGCUGACACUGACAGAUAGUUUGUCCUGUUCUCUGUGCAUUGUCUCUACGGGUCAAUGCCACGGCCUCAUUACAGUUAGAAACUGACCACUGAGGUGUUUCACCUGGGAUUCCUCACAUUUUGCAUGUGGCGUGUGAUGAGACCAUUCCUCCUUCUGUCUGAAGAUAUUUUAACAGAGUUCUAACCUAUGUGAUCCUUCCUCUUAUUUCUCCAUAUUUGGUGCUAAGUACUUGUAGCUGCGGUGUUUCUGCACUGUACUUCCCAGAGAUCACCUGUUCAUCAGAUGCUGUGGGCGGCACUGCGUCGUCGUCUCUCCUCAGAUUGAUGCAGUUUGAGCUUCUGUCGGUUCCUCCUCUAGUUAUUUCCAAGCUAACUGCUGCUGCUGAAAUAUGAAACAUACUUUUCUGUGUGCGAGUGGACUCCUCCCCUGGAAGGACCUGCCAGACACCAAGUGUGUGGAACGGCAAAGCGGAAAAGCUUUUCAUGGACUGGCUGCAGGUUGAUUCACUAUUGUGUUAUAGCAAUCAGUGAUAGAGAGUAGGUAAAUGUGCAUGUAUUUAUUUAUGUGGAGACAUUGUGGAUUAUUUAACAUCUCAGGUCAACAACUCUUCAGUUUGGGUUGCUUUAGUACGUGUUGCUUUAUGUCAAAAUGAGAAGUGGAUCUGAAGGAAGAGGGGAGAUUAGGGUUAAAAAAAAAAAAAAGGGAGAAAGAAGGGGACCUGUUUAAAUGUCACUCUAAACUCUGUGUGUGUUUCUGUCCUCAAACCGUUUUUCCACCUUCUUGACUUUUAUGGUUACAGUGAACCGCUCUGUUAAACUUUCCAGACCUCUUGGAAAAUCCCCCCGCCCCCCGUGCACCUCUAAUGCUUUCCAGCGUGUGCUCCCUCCCCAUGUUACUAUCUUUGAUCUCCUCCCACCCCAGUUUUGUUUCAUCUGUCCUUUUGUCUGUGGAUAUUAAGGCAGCAACACCUGUUCCACUAACCAUCUUAACAUCAGAGACUGCUCUCAGCCCCACACUUUAAUCCAUUCCCGUUCACAUCGCACACUCAGAGCCAAAUAUUCUUACAUAAUCUGACACUGCGUAAGUUAUGUAAAGUUCUAGCUUUCAAAAAGAGGCAGGAAUGGGUUAUCUGGGGCUACGUGUCCAUCAUGAGAUCACCUCUUACUUGAAUAGAAAAAGACUUCAUAUGAGUCUCUCUCAUCUGAAACGUGAUCAUUUCCAUGACUAAGUCCUCAUUCGGUACUCUCAGCAGGACAGCUAGAAGCCUUAGAGGGCGGCUCCACUGAUUUUACACAUCAAAGUCUGCUCACAGGUGUUGAUGAAUUCUGCUGCAAAGGUGAAAAAAGUCAAAAACAUUUCCUGUAAUGCAACUCAGCAUCACCUUCUCUGGCCUAUAUAUGCCCACGUCUUUCAUACUUAACAGUCGCAGUUUGCAAUGCAGGGUUACUCUUGUGAGUUUGUGGUCUUCAGUCCCAAGCUGAAAUGGGGCAAGUUAUGUCACUUGCUACAGCUAAUGAUUAUUUCCAUUAUCGAUUAUUGUUUUGGUUGUUUAGUCAAUGAAAUGUCAAAAAAAAAAAUAGUGGAAAAAAUGUGAAAAUCGCAUCGAAAAAGGAGGCUUCUUUCUUUUAUUUUUGUUUGACCAAAGGUAAAAACCCCAAAUAUUUAGUUAACAAUGAUUUUGGGGUUGAUUUAUGACAAAUGAGGGCAGCAUAUCUGCACACUGGAAAACCUGAAGCCGGUGAAUGAUGAGCAUUUACUUCACUAGCUUUGCCUGAAAAAUGACCACAAUGAUUAAUCAGUUAUCAAAAGACUCAGAUUUGACAAAGCUCCUCCAGAGCCACAGAAGACACGAUACACCUGUAUUCACAGGAACAAGCCACUGGCCAUCACGCUGAUAUUCAUGUGUAAAAUCAGGAGUACAGUGCCCCUUUAAUGAGCACCGCUGGUCUUCAUGGCCCUUGCUCAUUAAUUUCUUAUUGUCCUUUUUUUCCUCAGUCUGGCCAUUGGUUGUUUAAGAGCCUUCAAAUUUUAAUCAGACACUGGCAGCUUCUUUCCUCCUUGUAUUCAUGGAUAUUUAACCCCUCAUUAACCCAGCAGGGGGAGACACUGAGCUCUGACCUUUGUCCUCCACCCUAGGUCUCAUAUAACUGACAGGCUUAAUAAUUUCCCAGGUGAGCAGCAGCCUUUCUGAACAGUACGACAGAGACUAACUGGUGACAGUGGUUUUCAGUCAGGAUGGUUGGCACAAGCGUUUUGAGAGCGAUCAUGAUUACGUCAUCCUUAGAAGUGAUGAUUAAAGCCUUGUGAAUGUGAAUUAUAACUGGUUUUAGGGCUGUGUGAGACUAAAAGGGUUUAGUGGAAGAUGUACUCGUAUGAUGGCACAUAUUUGGGAGCAAAAAGCGACCAAUGGAACUGUCUUGAAAAAGCUCAAAUCACCGACAGCAGUUGAGCAUUUUUAAUUUGGGAAUAAUCAAGAGCCCCUUAUUUUAGGGAACUAAUAGUGGAGUAAUCUGCUUAGUAGAUUUACAGACAAAGGCCAAAUUAGUGAGCUUGCUGCUUGAACGCACAAUCCUAAUACCCUGGUAGGAAUUUAACCUAGAUAUAAAGGGCAUUUGCACUCCAUGAGCACUGAAUGAAUUUCUCCAUUCACUUAAUCGAGGACACUGACCCCGAGCGGACCUCCUCUGUUGACACAGUUUGGGAUUUUUGAAGAGCAAAGUUAGGGCAGGUUUAUUUAAUGUCCUCUGAAAUGGCAUCCAUCACUGUAGACAGACACUGAUGGUAAAGGCUGGAGCUAAACGUAAAGGUUGAACUGAAAAACACAUUCCACACAGAACUGAGGUUGCACUCAUGCAGGCGUGUGCUGAUAUUUUAGCAGCCGUGCCCAUUGGUCACCUUACCCACUGUGUUACCACCAAAACAUUUGGCACCAAAAUAUACUUAGUGUUACUGAAGUGGUUCGGUCCGGUGUGUGUUCUAAAUACCGUGGAGUACACAUCUACACCACUGCACCAAGGUGAGAGGUCAAACCAGUUUCUUAGUUAGAACUUUUUUUAAAACAAAAAAAAAAGCUAAAAUUAGCUAUAAAGUCUGUCAAAAAAAAAGUCAAACAAUAAAGUUUAACUAUUUUUCUCAGCAGCUGCAGAAGUUUAAA